AUGUCUGGUGAGAGUAUUCCCGUGUGGCUGGAUUGCGAUCCAGGCCACGAUGAUGCGUUCGCCAUUCUGCUCUGUGCUCACCAUCCUUCCAUUAAUUUCCUGGGUUUAUCGACAGUUCAUGGCAAUUCUUCAUUAGCCAACACAACUCAGAAUGCUCUAUCUCUUCUCACGGCGAUGGGUCGUCCUGAGGUUCCGGUCUAUCCAGGAGCAGCAAAGUCACUUCUACGAGACGCAGUGCAUGCACCCGACAUUCACGGCAGAUCUGGACUUGACGGAACUGAUCUCCUCCCAAAACCCGUGUCAGAUCCGUUAGCAGAUGAUGCAGUUAAGGCAAUGGCCAAAGCCUUGCUCUCAACACCCAAGAACUCUGCGUGGCUCAUUGCCACGGGUGCCUGUACCAAUGUUGCUCUUCUGUUUGCCAAACAUCCAGAAGUGGCAGCUCAUCUCAAAGGAUUGAGUAUUAUGGGGGGAGCUAUUGGAGAUGGCUUCACUUCAGCACCCAUGGGCAAGGUCUCUGGCGCUGCUUCGACUCGCAUUGGCAAUUGGAGCGAAUGGGCAGAAUUCAAUAUUCUCAUUGACCCUGAAGCUGCCGACGCAAUUUUCCAGAACCCUGGCAUCAACAAGAAGACCAUCCUGAUUCCUCUCGAUGUCACUCAUCUUGUUCUUGCUACGCCGGACGUUCUCGAACUUUUGUCUUGGGGCAAGACUCCUCAUACGAAGGGGGCAGGCAAAGCAAAGACAACAUUGAGAGUCAUGCUUGUUGAGCUUCUGACUUUCUUCGCUGAUCGUUACGCUUCGCAUUUCGCUAUCACCGCUGGCCCCCCUCUACACGAUCCCCUUGCCGUAGCCGCAAUCUUUGAUGGAAUUCCAGGUCUCGAGAUCCCGUUUCGAGAUUUUGUAGCAGUUGAUGGUGCUGAAAAUAAGCGCAGACGAGAAAGAUAUGCUGUUUCCGUUAUCACUGAAGGAAGUCAUGAUGAUGCACAAAAUGGGGCUCAGACCGGUCGUACUAUCGUCAAGCUGUUGGACGAGGGGCAGGAGGGUGUGAAGAUUCCGAGAGGAUUGGAUGUUGCUAGGUUCUGGGCGGUGCUGGAAGAGAGUCUUCAAAGGGCAGAUGAGGUUAAUAGCGCCAAGAGUGUUUGA